AUGGGACUGGGCUCCGAAAAGACAUCAUCCACCACCAAGGCGGUCUACAAAGAGGAGACUGAUAUUGCUUUGAAAGCAUCCUUAAACGUAGAUGCUAUGUUAUCAAAGAAAGUGGGGCACGCGACAGCAGAAAGAGCCACCUGGGGUUGCCGCAUUGAGUUCGUCCUCGCGUCAGUGGGGUACGCGGUGGGACUUGGGAACGUGUGGCGCUUUCCAUACCUCUGCUACAGGAGCGGUGGAGGUGCCUUUCUCAUUCCUUACUUUCUGAUGCUGUUUCUGUGUGGCAUCCCCCUUCUCUUCAUGGAGUUUGCUAUUGGGCAGUACACCCGUCUGGGACCGGUGCAUGCUCUAGCCACAAUCUGCCCCUUGUUCAAAGGUGUGGGCAUUGCCACAGUUGUGAUCUCCUUUGUGCUCUGCACCUACUACAACGUUCUUAUGAGCUGGGCGCUCUACUACUUCUUCAACUCAUUCCGAGCCAUCCUCCCCUGGCAGACCUGCAACAACACCUGGAAUGCCGUGGGUAACUGCUCCAGCGGUUUCCCUGGAAAUGCCACCCACCUGCAAUCAGCCAGUCAGCAGUACUUUGAUCACAGGCUUCUGGAGAUAACCAACGGUAUUGAGGAUGCAGGAGGACUACGUUGGGAGCUGUUUGGCAUCCUCAUCCUGGCCUGGGUCAUUGUCUACUUGUGCAUCUUUAAAGGCGUCAAAUCCACUGGCAAGGUUGUUUAUUUCACAGCCACGUUCCCAUACUUCAUUCUGUUCGCCUUGCUCAUCAACAAUGUCCAGCUUCCCGGGGCCAAGAAUGGGAUGCUCUACUUCCUGAAGCCAAAGUGGAGCAAGCUGCUUGAAGUUCAGGUGUGGGUUAACGCUGCAGCCCAGGUAUUCAACUCCAUUGGAAUUGGAUUUGGCUCCAUGAUCUCCAUGGCCAGUUACAACAAGUUCAACAAUAACAUCCUUAGGGACACAUUGAUUGUCUCUUUAGCUAACUCGGCCACCAGUAUCCUGGCUGGCUUUGUGAUAUUCUCAGCAAUCGGCUACAUGGCUCAUAUCCACAACCUCCCAGUGGACAACAUCGCCACAGAUGGUCCUGGCUUGGUGUUUGUGGUGUAUCCAGAGGUCUUCUCCACUAUGCCUCUGCCACAGUUGUGGGCUCCUCUGUUCUUCUUCAUGCUUCUCUGCCUGGGACUGGACAGCCAGUUUGCCAUGGUGGAGGUGGCGGUGACGUCCAUAAUAGAUGGCUUCGGCCCUAAGGUGCUGCGUGUCCUUAAGAGACAGGAGGUCAUCGUUCUGGCCGUCUGUGUUAUGGGCUUCCUUCUAGGCAUUCCUCACAUCACUAAGGGGGGCAUGUAUGUGUUCCAGCUGAUGGACCACUACACUGCUGUGGUGUCGCUCAUGUUCUUGUCCUUCUUUGAAGUCAUCGCUGUCUGCUGGGUUUUCGGACUGCGGCGGAUUACCAUCAUGAUCAAGAGAAUGUUGGGAAAGGCUCCCAACAUCUAUUUCCGCUCCUGCUGGAUGGUCUUCUCCCCUGUGCUGGUCCUGUGCAUUCUGAUCUCCAGCAUCAUCCAGUACACGCCAGCUCGCUAUGGGAAGUCAUACACAUACCCUGUCUGGGCAGAGGUGGUGGGCUGGGGAAUCUCCCUGGUCUCCAUCGUGUGGAUCCCUCUGGGAGCCCUGCAAGAGAUCUGCAGAAAUAAGGGCUCACUGCUGCAGAGAAUAAAAACAGCUGUGACUCCUACAAUAGAGUUGGAUCCUGUCAACCAUCUGCCAGAGGAGCAGAGCGAAGACACACCGGAGUCCGUUUCCUUGUUUAUCAUCACUCCUCUGUAA